CGCUUUGUGUUUUCUGUUCCCUGGGGCCACAGUGUUUUCAACGGGACUCAGUACUUGCUGGGUUCGCAAUGGCUGCUUGACCCAGGAUGAAAAUUUCUCCUUUUCUUAUCAUUUGUUUAGGUCAUUUGUAUAACGUUUCAGGAUAAACUUUCGUCGUUCCUGUGUAGUUUUUAUGUCAAAAAAUAAGGAUGCAACCUCCACCGAGAAAGGUUCGGGUCACCCAGGGACUGAAACAAACCCAUGCAGAGCAGAUGAGCAGAUUACACAUCAAGCAUCAAGCAGAAUGUGACCUCCUGGAAGACCUGAGGAGUUUCAGCCUUAAGAGGGCAGCUGUAGAGAGGGACUACGCUCAGGCCCUCCAGAAGUUGGCAAAUCAGUAUUUAAAGAGGGAAUGGCCAGACAGUCUGACAGAAGAACAAGCAGACCACAGGAACAUGUAUUGUGUAUGGAGGGCCUAUUUGGAGGGCACAGUCCAGGUCACACAGUCCAGAAUCAGUUCCUGUGAUAACUACAAAGUCCAGGUUGCUGAUCCAGCCAAAACAGCUCGACUGCAGAAGGAACAACAGCUGAGGAAGUGUAUUGAACAGCUGACAGUGGUUCAAGCUGAGCUGCAGGAGUCAGUGAAGGAGCUGACCAAGAGCAGGAAGAAGUACCAGGAGGCUGAGACGAUGGCACAGGCUGUCAGGGAAAAGGCAGAGUUGGAUGCAAAGUCCAAGCUAAGUCUGUUCCAGUCCAGAUCCAGUCUCCAGAGAGCAAGCGUAAAGCUCAAAGCCAAGAGGAGCGAGUGUAACACCAAAGCGACCCAUGCCAGAAAUGACUACCUUCUCACGCUAGCUGCUGCUAAUGCUCAUCAGCAGUGCUACUACAACACAGACCUCAUGGACUGCAUCAAGAUUUUAGAUGGCAGAAUCUAUCACCAGGUCAAAGAUUACCUGGUCUCACUGUGUCAGACUGAGCUGGAAACUUACCAGGCUGUCCACAACACCUUCAACCAGCUUUUGAACAGCUCAAAUGGGGUACUGCAAGAGUUUCACCAGCAGCUGUUUGUGCAGAAGAACCCCAUGUUUCAGCAAACCCCCAACUUCUUGUAUCAGCCAAUUGACUCGGAUAUGGUGAUGCAGCUGCAGACAGAGAGUGGAACAGCAGAGGAGCACAGCCUGGAUAAGGAGGCAAGAAAAUGGGCAAGCCGUGUUGCUCGAGAGUACAAGAGCAUCAUCCACACGCAGAGGGCUCUGGAGGAAUAUGGGACCCCGGAGUCGUCAGAGAUAAACAGUGAGCUGGAGACUAAGAUGGAAGUAGCCAAGCAGAGUCUUCGGAGGGCAAAGACAGUGAAGGUGAAAGCUGAGGCCCGUCUGGAUUUGCUGAGGCAGGCGGGAAUUGCUGUUGAAACAUGGCUGAAGAGCGCCAUGAACCAGGUCAUGGAGGAACUGGAGAAUGAACGCUGGAACAACCUCGGCACCCAUGAUCCUUCACUCUCUGGGACUGCAGAUUUGGAUCAAGAGGAUGAGGAGGAGCUGGAGGACAGUGGUGAGGUGUUGGACGACAGCAGUUCUAGCCCAUCAAGCACCUUGAAAAACUAUCCCCUCACCUGCAAAGUGCUCUACUCCUACAAGGCCUCUCAGCCAGAUGAACUGACUAUUGAAGAGCAGGAAAUUUUGGAGGUCAUUGAUGAUGGAGACAUGGAGGACUGGGUCAAGGCUAGAAACCGCAGUGGACAGGUAGGCUACGUCCCAGAGAAAUACUUGCAGCUGCCUUCCUCCAAUAGCCUGCUGAGUAUGCUGCAGUCUCUGGCCGCGCUGGACGCCCGAUCCCAUUCCUCCAGUAACUCCACUGAACCUGAAACAGAACUACCAACUGGCUCUGUCAACGGAGACUCAAGUGUGUCAUUUGCGAAGGCGCUGUAUGACUAUGCAGGACAAACAGAUGAUGAGCUGUCAUUUCCAGAAGGUGCCAUCAUCCGCAUCCUGAGCAGAGAGACCCACGAGGAUGACGGUUUCUGGGAAGGAGAAUUUAACGGUGUCGUUGGGGUCUUCCCUGCAGUUCUUGUGGAGGAUCUCACCAGUGGCGGUGAGAAUGGAGACGGACACAGAGAUGGCAGUGCACAGGCUUCCCCUUCCACUUUGGCCCAGUGUGACCGAUCCCCUCGUACUCUCUUCCAGCCAGGACCCCUCCACGGCAGCCCCCUUCAGACACCCACCAUAUCCUCUCCUCAGUCAAGUCCCCGCAGUGCUACAGCCUCUCCCAUUGGCCGACCCCCUUCUUAUCACAACGGACAUCACAGGCCGCCACCAGCACCACACAAAAGCCCUUUUCAGAGUCCAGCCCAAGGCUCCCCUCAGCCUCCCAAAUACCCAGAGAAUGGAUCUGGGACCAUUCGACCGGUCCGUGCUGCUCCUCCACCCCCAAAGCAGCAUCCUCGUGGGCAGGUGAAGCGGAGAGAAGAGGUGGAGAUCACGCUAGUGUGAAGGCGGCACCUCGGUGGUGACAACUUUGAUGCAACCAGCUGGGACUUGGCAGCUUUGAGCCUCUAAACACAUUCCAAAAUUAAACACAAGAAACUUCAACUCCCUGAAAGCUUGAAGAGGCCCUACACACUAACUCGUCUUUUCACACAACACUUCAUAGGGUUAAUGUGCUGUGGAGGAAUAGUGUGCCUUUUAAAGUAUGUUCAGUUUUCACAUUUCUCAUACUCCCUUAGUUCAAGUUUGUCUCUUAUUUGACUGAAGUUUGCUAUUUCUAUUCACAGUUGUUUAUCCAUGGGUAGUUCAUGGAUGAAUCCCAAUUCCCUAACUGCAUCCACAUUACCCACACUUGUGUCUUUUCCUUGUGUCUUAGUCCCAUCCACGUAAAAUGGGAGGAAAAGAUCUAAUGAGAGGACAUGAGAUGUCCUUUCCUUUAAUCCCUCAUUUGAUAAAGAGUCCUUAAAGACUUAACACAAAGGAUGGUCUCUUCCUUACUCCUCAGAGCAGGAAUAUGAGCCUUGGCAUGUCCUUCAAGAUGGCAGACUGAAACAACUUCUGGGUCAAGCAAGAAUUUAAGAAAGAGGAUUGGUAAAAUAAGGGAAUUGGGAUUUACCCCAUAUUGUCCACAUGUUUUACCACAAAUUGGUCCUUAAAAGAAAUAUGGAAUAUUGACUGAAUAUCUGCUGUCAGUUCUGGUAUUCCUUUAGACAAAUGGACAUGAUUCAGAUCCUGUUUCUGCUUGUUGCUCUUCUCACAGUAAUCAAUAUCGUGAUAA